UGCGUGCGGCGCCGUGCCUCUAUAUAAGGCAGGCUCCCGGGCUGGGCUGCUCACACACAACACACCAGCUCUAUCCCUCCCACAGCACCCUGACUUCCAAGCUGUAGUGGACCGAUCCAUGGAGGCUUCACGCAGGCUCCUCUCGGCGGCGCUCCUCCUCGUGCUGCUGCUCGCCGCCACAGGGGAGCUGGGAGGCCCGGUGAUGGUGGCGGAGGCGCGGACGUGUGAGUCGAGGAGCCACAGGUUCAGGGGACCCUGCGUGCGCAGGUCCAACUGCGCCAACGUCUGCAGGACCGAGGGCUUCUCCGACGGCAAGUGCCGCGGGUUCCGCCGCCGCUGCUUCUGCACCACCCACUGCCACCAUUAACAAGCCUCUCCUCCGGGUGAUGCCUUCUUUCGGGUGGCCUUUCUGCGAUCGUCCAUGCGUGCGUGUCCAUGAAUAAAUCUCAGCUUGUCUCGGCGAGCUGGGUGCGAGUCCUUCUUUGUUUUUUGUAUGAUUAUUACCGAACCUGUGUGCACGCGUUGUUGUUUCUUGUUGGGUUCGUCCUCAGAGUUGCUGUGAGGUUUAUGGGAUUAUCCCAGUCAAUCCUUCUCUCAUGUAAAAUUUUUAUUUUCGGCAAAUCAUGAGUGUUGUAUGCGUGUUCCCUCAGUAA